UCUCAACUUUCACUGGUGAUUUUCCAUUCGAUUUGUCACAUUAAAAUUAUUCGCUAAAACAAUGUUUCUCCGACAAGCAUACGGCCGACUAUCCAAUGCAUUAUCUCCUAACGUCACAGAAAAACUUGUUGCCCGGUUUAGUUCAUCAACUUCAGCCUCCAAACCCAAGAAAACAACCCAGUUGAGAAAGAUGCUGGAAUCACCAGAACUAGAAUUCAUCAUGGAAGCACACAAUGGAUUGAGUGCUAAAAUUGUACAAGAGGCUGGUUUUAAAGGUGUCUGGGGUAGUGGUUUGUCAAUCUCUGCCCAGCUGGGAGUACGCGAUAGUAACGAAGCAUCUUGGACUCAAGUCAUGGAAGUGAUGGAAUUCAUGAGUGAUGCCACAGACAUCCCAAUAUUACUAGAUGCUGAUACUGGUUAUGGUAACUUCAAUAAUGCUCGACGUUUGGUGACAAAACUUGAACAGAGAGGUAUUGCUGGAGCAUGUAUUGAGGACAAGCUUUUCCCCAAGACGAACUCUUUAUUAGAUGGCAGAGCGCAGCCACUGGCUGAUAUUGAUGAGUUCUGUGCAAAGAUCAAAGCUUGCAAAGAUACACAGACAGACCCAGAUUUUAGUAUUGUUGCAAGAGUUGAAGCUUUUAUUGCUGGGUGGGGCCUUGAUGAAGCUCUCAGAAGAUCAGAAGCCUACCGCAAUGCUGGGGCUGAUGCUAUCUUGAUGCACAGCAAGAAAUCUGAUCCUUCAGACAUUGAGGCUUUCAUGAAAGCUUGGAAAAACCAGGGUCCGGUAGUAAUUGUACCAACCAAGUAUUACACUGUGCCAACAGACCAGUUCAGAGACUGGGGUGUGUCUCUUGUGAUCUGGGCCAAUCACAAUUUGAGGGCAUCAAUAACAGCAAUGCAGAACACCACACAGCAAAUCUACAAAGACCAGUCACUUGUUAAUGUUGAAAAGAAGAUUGCUGCAGUAAAGGAGGUUUUCCGUCUUCAAAAGGAUGAUGAAUUGAAGGAGGCUGAGAAGAAAUAUCUGCCUGAGAAAUAAUAGAAAAAUAAAUCCUGGAGUGAGAAACAGA